CUGUGAUUUUUUUCUAUCUUUCUCAAUUGAAGGAGCAGAUGGUUAGAGGGAGAGUAGGAUCCCCCCUCUACGCACACACCCACACACACACACACACACACACACACACACACACACACACACACUCUGACUGACUGACACACAAACACACACACACCAAACCCAUCCACAGGACUGUUGUUGACUGUAUGGAGCUGUGCUCACUUUGUUUGGGCUUCGAGGGAAGUGCAUCCCUGCCUCCAACGCCGAGGUGGACUGCCCACUCCAAGACCAGGGGACUGGAGGAGGAGACAGCAGACGAGAGGAGAGGGGGAUGAGACUUGUGAAAAUCCUCUCUUAAAAAGAGAAAAAAAGCAGCUUUGGGAGGAAGACAAAGCACAGACUUAAUGCCAGAUAAUUACCUGCACUGGACGAGGACUGUCAUCGUGAUCGGUGGACGUCGCUGGGGUCGGUGAAGGGGAGACACUGCGGACACAGAGUGAAGUCUCAGAGGCCGUUUCUGUUGGAAAUGAGCACAUGAGGUCUCCAGUCCCGGUCCAAACCCCGCUCCCAAAUCUCCCAAUCUUUACACGGAGCGGUUAAUCCAGAUUUGGGAAUGCUGGGCCGCGCAGACCGCUGAGCCAACGUAACCACACCUCCCGAGGAUUUGUGGAAUCUGAGCAAAUCUGAAAAUCUUGACGGUUGUUCCGUGGGUGGGGGGAGUUCGCACAACCCGACAAAAGAGCGGUCCAGCUCGGGGGUGAAGCCGGGCUCCAAAAACAGAUUCGGUGUCCGGAGCUCCAGCCCACAGGUCUGGCUCUCAUCCAGCCUGCUCCUGACAGGGCCUGAAUUUACUGCUGCUGUCCUGGGAGUCAAAUUUCAUGCAACCAUUCCAAUGGUGUAACGGAUGCCUGUGUGGUUUGGGUUCUCGGCACUCUGAACAGUACUGCAGCAUGACGUCUGACAUCUAUCACCUCCCUCUCAAUGUGUAUGUCAUUGUGCUGGGCAUUGGCCUCUUCGUCUUCAUGCUCAGCCUCAUCUUCUGCUGCUACCUUUUCAGGCUGAAACAGCAAGGGACAAGGGAGCAGUUCAGCUACAACGAGGUGGUGCUGAAGGGAGCCAGCAAGAAACUGAGCCUUCUCGGACAAACUUGUGCGGUGUGUCUGGAAGAAUUCAGGACCAGAGAUGAACUGGGAGUUUGCCCAUGCUCACAUGCAUUUCACAAGAAGUGCCUGCUUAAGUGGCUGGAGAUCCGCAGCGUGUGCCCCAUGUGUAACAAACCCAUCCUCCGGCUCCACACAGACGCUCCCCAGGGUGCCGAGGGUCCCAUGGACCCUGAGGAGGUGUGAGUGAAUCGGGGGAAGAAGCCAGACUCCCCCUUACAGAAAACACACAUAUUGAAUACACCGGGGGAUGAUGGACAGCGGCCAUCUUUUAAGACAUCUUCACAGGACAAGUUGAUAAUGACCCCCCAUGCCUUGCUGCUGACCUUUGAAGCAAUAUGCCUUGGUGGGAAUUGAAAAUUGACAGCGCCAAGAUGAUUUGGUCAGAUCGGUCAGGGAGAGGGUGGAGGAAUCGGAUCUUUUCCAUAAAAAAUGCUCCUAGUUCUACUUCCAUACUUGCACUGUUCACCGAAAAACAUGACAGGAAAAAGGAGCCACUUUAGAGCGCAGGAUAUCAUUGCAGACGCCACUGGACAACUAGUGCAGGACUGCCAGGGACAAAACUCGACAGGCAUUCGGCUGGACGUCAGAGUACAGGAUCAGUAUGGAUACCUCUAAUAUCUCAGGGGUGUUACCAAUACAGCCAGCACAAACCAUGUUAGUCACCUUAUAGCCCUUUGCCACUCAUGCAUCUUCAGUACUGCCAAUGUAGGUGAAGUGCUCCAGUUGUCAGAGGUAGCCACAACCUCCGGCUGAAACCAAGACCAGCGGGAUUACAACCACGACGAUUUACGUAGACGAUAAUGUUGCCGAUUGUGACCCCAGGCCCUUUCCUUUUAAAAAGAGACUGAUAGAAAACUAGUCUUGCCUGUAUGUAUUGUAUGUAAACGUGUCCCCCUAUAUAUAUUGUUAUUUUGUAUUUGUUGCUUUUAAAUAAAAUGUCACGUCAUGUAUUGUAA